CAGACCGCAAUAUGGCGAGAAUGCCUGCCAGCGGAGACACAGAGCAGGAGCAGAUAAGCUGCCCCGAGAGGAGCAGGGAGGAGGAUGAUGAGGAGGAAGAUGAAGAUGAGAUCCAGGAGGUCCAGAUCACCGGGGAGGAAGAGGACGAGGGGUCCGAUCGAGAUGGUGUGGAGCUUGAGUGGGAGUCAGGGGGUACAGUGCUGGACUCCAGCGGUUCUGCCGCGGAGAUAAAAGCGGUCGUUAUGCGGAGUAUGGACCGGGGAGAGGAGGAGGGAGAGGCGGACCCCUUCAACAGCGGCAUACCCGCUGGGCUGGAAUCUCAACUGGAGGGAGACGUUCAGCGGUCAGAGCGGAAUAGGCUGAGCGAGAACACCCGCCUGGCCACCCGGUAUGCGGUGAGAAUCUUCAGGGAGUACCUCAGCGAGAAAGCCCAAAGUCCAGACUUUGAAACUCUGGACAAGGAGGCGCUUUGCGUUGUGCUGCGCUCCUUUUACGCAGAGGCGCGCUCCAAAAGUGGACAGUUGUACAGCAAGUCGUCCCUCAUCAGCAUCCGGAGCUCACUCAAUCGGUACCUUAACGAGCCGCCCUACUGUCGAACAUUGGACCUCACUAAGGACCCUGAACUUCGCAGCGCCAACUUGACCCUGGCCGCGGUCAUACGGAGGCUGGAAGAGCAAGGCGCUGGUCCCGUGGUGCAGAAACAAGCCAUCACGCGCUCGGACCUUCGGAAACUGUACGAAUCAUCAGUGUUCAAUUCCGACACGCCGUUCGGGUUGCUCAACAAAGUGUGGUUCGAGACCUGCAUGUAUUUCUGCACCAGGGGCCGGGAGAACCAGCGGGAGUUGGAGGAGGACUCGUUCGGUCUGGCUGUGGAUGAAGACGGAAGAAAGUUUGUCUAUUUUAAAGCUCUCGGACCGUACCAUAAGUCCCGCUCAGCCGCCUGGACCAAGAAGCGUCCGGACGCAGAGGAGGACACCUUGCCGCGGAUGUACGAGACGGGCUCGGAACAGUGUCCAUACGCCAGCUUCGUACGAUACGUUUCUAAAAGGAACCCGCUCUGCAGGGCGUUCUUUCAGCGACCACGGGACCACUGCUGCGCGAGUGACAUGACGUGGUACGAGAACAAAGCUAUCGGUAAGAACCUGUUGGGCACGAGGAUGCAGAUGUUGUCGCGCGCUGCCAAGCUCUCCAAGACCUACACCAACCACUGCAUCGGCGCCGUCUCCAUAGCAACGCUCAACAGCAUCGUGGGCGCCGCGGGCUCCAGGCCGCCGACGACGCUUUACGUUGCCUCGGAAACGGUCAACGGUCACGCGCAGUCCCACCUCCAGCUCGUGAUCCCAUACCGGAUAACAGGCGCUGCAGAUCUGAUGCCGCAGCGGACAACAGCAGCAACAGUAAACACACCAUCAACAACAACGUGUAGGGUCAGCGCCGAGGAGGACCCGGAGGCUCCCUACGCCAAGAGGCUGUGCGUGCGCCCUGGGACACGCGCGGAGUUGCCUGUGGAGCGGAACGAGAGCGAGACAGUGCCCACCAGAGCCACCGAGUCCCAUAUACAUACACAGCCCGUGGUGCGGUCCCCGGUCGCUGUGCCUACACAGGACAGCUGUGGCAGCAGCAGUACGACGAGUCAGCAGCUAGUCUCUAUGUCUCCUGUGAGUUCCACUGGGAUCCCAACACCAGCCCAGCUCACCAAAACCAACGCACCUGUCCACAUUGACGUAGGAGGGCACAUGUACACCAGCAGUCUGGCCACCCUUACAAAGUACCCUGAGUCAAGGAUUGGUCGUCUGUUUGAUGGAACGGAGCCCAUAGUGUUGGACAGUCUUAAGCAGCACUACUUCAUUGAUCGAGAUGGCCCAAUGUUCCGCUACAUACUUAAUUUCCUCCGGACCUCCAAACUCCUCAUCCCUGCAGACUUCAAAGAAUUCUCCCUGCUUUAUGAAGAGGCCAGUUUCUUCCAGCUGGCUCCUCUGCAGGCUGAGCUGGAGCGCUGGAGGACUGAGCAGGAAUGCGGGGGUGUGUGUCUGGAGUGUGAGUGUGUCAUGAUUCAUGUGGCACCAGAGCUUGGUGAGAGGAUCAGCGUGAGCGCCCAACAGGCUGUGAUCGAGGAGGUUUUUCCCGAGGUCAGAGACAUCAUGUCCAGUUCCUUGAACACCAGCUGGAGUGAGGACUCAACACACAUCAUUCGCUUCCCACUCAACAGCUACUGCCACCUCAACUCUAUCCAGACGAGGAUCUAAGACGGAGAUGGAUUUUGUCAAUAAGAAGAAAUCAAGGAGUGGGAUUUACCAUGAAGAGAGGCAACACUUGUGUGUGCCCUGUACUUUAAGGAGGAAGAAGUCUUGGCCCACCCAGAGUCUGGUAGGAAAUGUUCGAAACCUCAGGCUGUACCGUCAAGAUUUCAGUGGAUUUACUGGGGAGAAUGUAAACAGUGCCAGACUCAAACGGCCGGAAGAAGUGGUUGUAAUGUGGAGGAAACAUCAUGUUCCUUCUGCAGUGAUGGUGCAGGAACAUGACUACAACUGUCAUCCUCCUUCGGGUGAGUGUAGCAUGUUGCUAACGACUUGGAUAAAUACAGUAGCCACACGUAGUCACAAUGAGUCAAUAUCAGUUUCAGUUAUUAAUCUGUAAAAAGAUAAUUACCUAAGAUACCGUUACACACUUGACAACCUAAUGUUGUGGAAUAAAAAUCUAUGUCUAGCAUAUGUUAACAGUUCCCCAGUCUUAACGUUAGCUUGACUCCAAGCAAGCGUCUUGUGCCAGAAGUUAUGGGAAUGACUGUAGUUUUGUCAGUGUUUAACGUUACGUGCUAAUAAAGUGUCUGUCGUAACGACACGUUUCGAGUUUUUGAUAAUGACAC